AUGGUAGUUUUGGUCAAUCAUAACUUAACUGACCAAUGAGUUGAUAGCUCACUAUCAGCAAAGUUUAUAAUCAACUAGGAAUAGCACUGAUAAAAACCAAUCCUUCAAAUCAGCGUCGGUCCAUAUUUUGGGACCAUUAAAAAAUCUAAAUUUGGGAAUAAUUUUCAUUUCAACACCUAUCAUUGCGCGUGUCAGUAUUUAUCAACAGAGUCAUAAAGUCAUAAUUUGUUUAUGUUAUUUACUGUUUUCUACCAUCAUUCAAGAAAGGGACGGGGAUCGGUUAAGUGCGAAGUGUGGAAUAAUAGAGAAAAACAGUUGGAAAAUUAUCUGUUUAUUUUCACCGUUGGAGAGAACUAUAUUUCACCAAGAGCUACAGAAACGUGUAACAAACAAAACUAUAAUUCAAAACAAGUGGACCUUCUUAAUAGUCCUCAAACAGUAGAUGUUGUCAUAAGCUUACAGGAUGUUGGAGGUUGAGAAUUUCAGGAGAAUGGUGCAUCCUUCUGGUCUGUUUCAUGGAAGUUCUGACUUUAACCAAGACCAUAGCGGUGGAAUGCUAUAUUACCCUACAGCCACAAGGCCAGAUAAAGCCAACCCAUUUAUAGACUGGGGGAAAAGAACUGUAUCACCACCAGCAAUGUCAGUGGAGUCAAAAUCGGAUGGCGAAGACGAAGACGAAGAAUACCGACCAUUUACGCCUCCACCACCAAGAGAGCGAUUGAGUUAUACCAGAUAUCAGUUAGAAUUACUGAAUGGUAUCUACGUAAAAGUUCGCUACCCUAACAGCUCACAGAAACAGCUGAUAGCAAAACGUGUGGGCAUCACAAGAGAACAAGUGAAGAUUUGGUUUCAAAAUCGUAGACGAAAAGAUGUUGUUGGCAAAGACAAAAAGUCUGACGAUGAAGAUAAAAAUAAAAAUAAAAGUGAAGACGAAAGUAGUGAUAUAAGUAAAUGUUUAAGUGACUGUGAAAGUAUUCCUGAAGAUGACCCAUCGACAAAAGAAGGAAACAUGGUGCCGACAGUUGUGAUGAAAGGUAUUAUCGGUGAAUUAAAACGUUAUGAAAAAGAAGCACCGAAAGGAAAAAAGAAGAAAAAGUCAAAAUCUAUGAAACAGAAACAGAUAAAGAAAAAUAUAUCCAGUGCUCUUUUACAUAGUUCAUACGAUAUGAUCUCUCCUCCGAAUCAAGUUAUUCCAAACGGUGUUGUGAACAGAACCGCGAAUAAACUUAACCAUUCACUAAGAUCAUCAGCAUUCGAAUCUCCGAAAGAAUCACAGACAUUAAAGUAUCCAACAUCAGUUUCUACUUUCUUGGAACACUACAGUUUACAUCCGAACCAACCACCAUUUCCCAUGUCAGGUCAUUCUGGUCUUGGACCAGUUCAUUCUGGCCUUGGACCAGUUCAUUCUGGGUGUGACUUACCAGUGUUAUCUGACUUACUCUCGUUUAAGACGGGACUUGAAUCUCGAACAGAUGAUACUCUUAUUAACUCAAAUACUUCGCCACGGUCGGGACAGCCAAACAGACAAAUUACUUGUGACAAUCAAGGAUCUCUAACUAUGCCAUAUGGCUUGAAUCGUUUUUAUCCAUUGCCAUUCAUCGCCGAACAGCCUUUACUUCUUUCAACUCUCAGACAUUCAGAAUCAUUUAGACACCACAUGUUACCGCAAUCGGGAUUCCCAGAAGAACAAAGUGUGUUCCAAGCAUUGCCAAUAUCAGCUUUGAAUAACCCAUAUUAUGCCCCUACCUCAUCAGUGGCUUGGUCUAAUCAGAUGCAAUCAUCUAACUUUACUCAGUUAUAACAGUUAGUCAAAAUUAAAUUAUAAUUUAUAGAUAACAUACAUUAUUAUUUUGUAAAAUAGUAUUUUGUACAUGUCGUUACUUAUUGUUGAAGAUUAUAAAUAUUAACAUAUUGAA